GAUAAUGAAACCCACAAGUGUAUCUUGUGAGAGGCAAGAACUCCUCUGUGAGAAGCAGAACUCCUCUUUAGCAAAUAGACCAUGCUGUUAAGUUGUUACACCCGUGGAUUGUCACAUUGAGGGAGCCAGUUUUUCUGCUUGUAUGAAAAUACUGGAGAGCUUUGGGAUAUCCAGAGUUGCAAGCCACGUGUGAAGUUCCUCAUGGAGAAAUUUGAAGGACAUAACCGAGACAGAGAGGAUACUUCAAACAGCCAACCCAUCAAAAUCCCAAGACAAGAUGUUCCCACAGGAUUACAGACAAGGAAAGCAGCACUUGAGAAAUUUACAAAUAAAGGAUAUGCUGCAUGUUCUCCAGGACUCAGUAACCUUCACAAACCUGUUCAACCUAAGCCUCCUCUGGCAGUCAAGCCUUCAAGUGAUGAUAAAACAGAGAAAGAUCCAAGCCCAUCACCUUUGAACCCAGUGGCACAAAGAUUUGGUGUACAGCUUCAGCCCACUAACAGAGGAAAUGAUGAAAAAUCUGGAUACACUAAAUUCUCUGUGAAAACCAAUGACCAGUCAAAGGAGGACCCAAAGCCUUUGAACCCAAAACCUGCGUGGAACAAGUUUCUUGCUCUUCCUGAUAAAGAAAAAAGUCCUCUGGGACCAAAAUCGAAUCUUAAUUUUGCAUUACAGGAGAAUGAGGCAAAAACAGAAUUUUCAAAAGUUGCUGCAGUUAAGGAAAAAUUUAGGUCUGCAACACAAGCAAAUGAGCCCAAGCCUCCUGUUUCUAAACCAUCUCUUGCACAGAAACCUUCUCUAAACAAUGAGGUAUCUCAAAAUGAAGACACUUCUAAUAAAAGCAGUUUUCUGCAAAGACAGUCAGGACCUAGAACAAAUACACAUGCACUCCAAGAAGCAAAGGCAAUGCGUGAAAAUAGUAACUCUGGUGCAGAAGCUGAAGGCAGUCAUUUUCCUAAAAUAGCUCUGAAGCCUCCUGUCCACUGGUCCAGCUUAUCAAAAGGAACCCCCAAAACUGUGGCGGAAAACACUGAAGAAAAGGGAAUGAGCACUACUGAGAACAUCUUCUUAAACAAAAUCAUCCCAGAAGAAUCAGCUUCUUCUCAUAAAUUCUGUAAGAUGAAUACGGCAUUUGCUGCAGGAAGACCAUCAGGUGAACCACAAGAGAAAGUGGACGAGGACAGGAGUUCUAGAAUGCCCAAGAGAAAAGUCUUGCCCCCACUGUUCAAGCUAGGCCAGCCCCCACAGAAGCCCAGCAGACCCCCCACUGUGAACUUGGGAAAGUUCCAGAAGAGCCAUCAAAAAAAGAAUCCUCAAAAUGAAGUUUUGAAACAGAAAGCACCUUCCUCAGCAACACUUGUCCCACCAACACCUCCAUCACACUCUGCUGUGCAGUUACCACCUCCUCCACCAGCCUCUCACCCAUCCCUGCAGGUGACAGCAGCUCCCAGUCUGCCUCCCAGAAGCAUCAAGCCCAACUCUGAAACAAUAAACCUAGACAAUGAAGAAAAUUAUGAUGAUGUUGAAUUUGUUUCACAGGGUCAUGGAAAUAUACAGAGGGGCCAAGAAAGUGAUGGAGAGAUGUAUGAAGACAUUAAUGACAUUAGAUCAUCAAGGGGAAAAGAGAAGAAGUGGGACAAAGAAGACAAAAGAAGAAGGGACCAAGAGAAGAAAGAACAAAAGGAAAAAGAAAAGAAAGAGAAUGAACUGAGGAAAAAGUUCAAAUUAACAGGACCCAUUGAAGUACUUCAUCAGGCACGAGCUUGCAUUGACCACAAGGGAGGGAAGAGUGAACUGACUGUCAAACAGGGGGAUAAGAUUGAAAUCAUUCGCCUCACAGACAACCCAGAAGGAAAGUGGCUGGGCAGGAUAAAAGGAUGCUAUGGAUACAUUAAAACAACCGUGGUGGAGAUUGAUUAUGAUUCUUUAAAAAGAAAACAAAAACCAUCGACUAGAGCUGAUGUGAAACAUACAGAGAGUGAACAAGAAACAUAUGAUGAUGUUGGAGAGCAGGACACUAGUAGCAGUCAAAGUGGUGACCAAGAUGGAGGCAGAAACAUGUUCCCAGCUCCUCCUUCUGAUCAAGACAUUUAUGAUGGAAUUGAUGAUGAAGAUGCUAUAGCUAGGUCUGUAUCACAGGAUGAAGAUAAGAAUGGUAUCUGGCCCUGGGGAAUCUUGAAGAGGCUAAAGGUCAAAGAUGACAAAAAGAAAAGUGUACGAGAAAAAACAGCCAAAGUCAAUGAGGCAGAAGAAAAUGACAAUUUGUUCAUGUCUUCUUCAACAAAGCAGUCUGAAAAAGAUACACCUGGAAAGAAGCACUCAUUGAAAGACAUCAAAGAUUAUGGAGACAAUGUUUAUGAUGAUGUAGACUCCUCAGACUUCCCACCUCCACCACCUGAUCCCAGUUCAUCAAAAUCAGGAAGCUCUGGAAAACCUAAGUCAGAUGAAAAGGAUGUACAAAAGCUCAAGAAGAUGGAAAAAGAAGAGAAAGAAUUCAGAAAAAAGUUCAAAUUUGACGGUGAAAUAAAAGUCAUUUACUCUACAACCACAGUCCAGGACUUGUCUCAGAAAAGAUGGGGAUAUAAAGACUUACAAAUUAAACCAGGGGAAUCUCUUGACAUUAUUGAAAGUACAGAUGAUACUAAGGUCCUCUGCAGGAACAAAGAAGGAAAAUAUGGCUAUGUUCUGAGAAGCAAUUUAGUUCAGAAUGAUGGAGAGAUUUAUGAUGAUAUUGGUGAGGAUUGUAUCUAUGAUAACGACUCUGAUGCUGAAUUCCCUUGAAAUAACAACUUCCUUGAAGAUCAAACUCUGGUUUGGAAACCCACUUAUGAAAGCAAGAAGAGUCAUAAAUGCUGAUUGCAAGUUAAUUGGUUGCUCUUUUAAAUGUACAAUUAACCUUUUUUGGGAUUUCAGCCUUUUGUCCUCCAGUGCGUUGUACAAAUUUGUAUUCCCAUUUACCUGAACAUUUAAAAUUCACGGAAUAUGAACUAAAGUUAGGGUUAUAAUUUUUCACUUCCUUUCCACGUUUCUGACCGUCCAUGUAAAAACACUUCAAUCAUCUACUUCCAAAGAGGCCAUAUCACAUCUGCCAUUCCAACUGCAAUAGUGUUAGCUACACUGACAUAUGCAGCCAUGUUCCAUUAGUGCAAAAGUCUCUUUUUUUGUAUUGUAUUAAUGAUAGAAUAUAAUUCUGUAAAAUUUAUCUGAAGUCUACUUUAAAAUAUAGUAUUCUACUUUAUACAGUUAUGGUCCUCAAAAUAUACUUAGGACAUUUAGGUUAAGAUUUAAUUUCUAUUUAAAGAUAAGUCACUAUGUCAGUAUAGUAAUACAGGUUUUAUAAGCUAUAAACUGAUGAUAAACUGUUUGGAAAUUACUUAUAGAAUAAAUAUAUUGGUAUAUUUAUCACUCUAUUUUGAUAUUGCCCUUUUUUGCAAAGUGCUAUAGUUUAAUACUAGAUUUGAAAAGAGUACAGAAAUCAAACAUUUCCAUGCUUAUCCAUUGUAGAAAUAACAUUUAUUCCUAGAGUUCAUUUUUGAUGCUGUUGUCUGAAUGACCAAGUUGCAAAUAAAAGCAAAGUCAACAGGUAACUCAUAAUAAUAAAUAUCACUUUACCCUUAUAUAUCAGAAGUUACUGGAAAUCAAAAGACAUUUACAGUAAUUUCCCAAUAAAGGGGGUGAGGAUGUGCAAAAAAUGAAACUUCAGUUGCUUUUGCUGUAGUGCAAGUUAAUCAAAAACCCGUAACUAAUGUGGCUGUCUCAGUGUGAGCAGCUCCGUUUGAUGAUUGAGUCUCCUGUAAUCCCAAAGGGAAGUCAGGUACAUUGUGCAACACAGCAAGUUUAGUUUAUAAACAUAAAAAAUGUUGUCUCUGUUAAGUCAGUGACUUUUGGUCCCACCUUCAGUGGAGCUGAGAUUCUAUCUUAUAAGUGUCUUUUAUUGCUGCUUCAAAAUACAGUAAAUCUCAAAGGAGGUAUAAUGCAGUGGGGAUAUCAAACAUAAAAUUAAGAGAUAGUAGCCUAUAAGCUAUUUUGUACUGUAUGUAAAGUGACUCAUAGUAUACUGAAAAUCUAUAUGCAAACUCAACUUUCUAUUUGCUAUUUCUCUUAUCUAUUUGCUAUUCAACCAGCAUCAAAUACCAAUUUUAUGUGUAAACAUCAGCAGCAGCACCCAAAUAUAAAACAUGACCAUGCAUAUUAAGUGCGAUGAAUAUGUCUGACUACUUGACUGUCACUGCUAAUGAAUUACUUAUUUUUCAGUGGCAUUCAAGAGGCUGUCUGCAUUAAAUUAGUGAUAUGCCAAAGAACUGAGUGAGCAUCCAGGCAACUACACAACUACAUAGUUUUUCCAUGUUCUUAGUGUUCAUGUGUGUAGGCACUGCAAUUCUGUAUCAAUAAUACUGACUAAAUUUGCCAUCUGAUACAUUAAAUAAUGAAAAAUAAUACAUAUAUUAAUGUCUAAAACUCUAUGCAUUGCUUGUUCAAAUCAAAUAUUAUGUGAUUGCUGCAGGGUGUUAAAAUGAAUUUGUAAGUUAUCACUAAGUGAAAAACUACUGGGAUUGUAACUUUUCACUUUUACCAAUGUGGGAUGCUUUUUUAUAU